AUGAAGUUGUGUUAAAAUGUGUGACUUGUGUUUAAAGGCAUGCGGAUCAGCUGUGUGAUUUAAAUAUACUCUGGACGCAAAAGGAAAGCCAUGGAGGGAAAACAGGUAUUUUCCAAAUGCCUGGAAAAUAACAUUGACGUGCAACAUCAGAGAGAAACAGUUAAAAGGAAGCAAAAGUCAGCAACAGUGCAGAAUGAAAAUCAACAUAAACACAUUGAAAAAAAUUGUGAAUUGAAAGCCAAGAGAAAAAAGAAGGGUCUUGGGCCCUUAGUACCUACCCAAACCAUAGAGAAUUCAUCUUUAAGUAAGGCAGCAGUUGAUAAAAAAUCUGAAAAUAAAUUAACUCAGAAUGUGUCCAAGACUAGAAGAAACGCCAAAAAAACUUGUGUUUCAAAUGAAAAAAUAGGUUUGUGUUUCCAGGACCAUGCUGCUCAGUCACUGUCCUUGUCAGAGAAACAAAAUAUCUCAAAUAAAAACGAAGUAAAACCUAAAGACCUUGAGACUGGACAUGCUGUGGUCCCAUCAUCUGAUGAAAGUGGAUCAAAAGUGCCAUUGAGUAAAGCAAAAAAAAGAAGACUAAGGAAGAAGCGAAUUCUGCAGGUGUUGGGUCUUGUAAACAAACAGGUUCCAGCAAAGUCCCGAAAGAAGAAAAAGAAGAAGUGUGGUGAUAGUGAAUCUAAUCUUGAGGAGAAAGCAAAUGACAGCAGCAAUUCACAGACUGAAUUUAGUAAUUUGUCUAGUGACAUCAGUACUAGAAACUUUUUGUUUGAACAGAAUUCAGAUAGUUUAAGAAACGCACACAAAACCAAUAAUAUUUGCAAUCACAUUGUACCCAGAAGGCCAGUAACAGAGGACACAUGUUUAGAUGACAAUGGUGGACAUUUGUGUUCUGCUGUGAGAAACAGUUAUUCCCAGGGAAAUACUUUGCCAAAUGGUACAGCUUCAGAAAAUCCCAAAGCAGUGUCGGAAAAUAUUUUAGCGACCAAGAGAAAACAGAAGAAAGAGAAACAGGCUGUAGUAAGCUCAAACAAUCCUUUAUCCUCAGAAACCAGCAAUGGUAUUCUAUUUGAGGGUUUACAGAAUGAUAUUAGCUUGUCACUGAAUAGCGGAAAUAAGGCAAAGAAGUCAUCGGGUCGAAAUGACAAUACUGUAGAGAAAGGUAAACCUGUUAUUGAAUCAGUGUCAAAACUUCCCAAAACAAAAGAGAAGGAAAAGAAGAUUACUGUUUCAAAUCGAAGUUUGGCAAGUACUGAAACAUCCAGCUGUGAUACUGCAUCCAAAGUUUCUGGGAAGACACUUUUGCCUGAAAACACAGUUAGAAUUUUACAUGAGAGAAAAAAGGAGCCUAUAGGUAAAGGCUUUCCAACCAGUUCAGUAGACAACACUGAUAGUUUAAAUGUAAGAGUACACACGUUCCUUCCAGAAACUGAAGGUAAAAUAAUUAAAAAUCCUCUUUGCGAUACGGAAUUGCCCUCUGCUCUCUCACUACAGAGAAGUGUCCUUAUAAGUGGCCCCAUAUAUACCAGUCCAAACUUUGAAAACAGAGUCACUAGUAGUGCAGAAAGCAAUCAGAUAUUCAACAUCAGCAAGACCUCCUCAGUGCUUUCCAGCAGCAUUUGCAGUGCAGCACCUGUAAAAUCAAAGGAGAGUGAUAACAGUCACGUGAAGAUUCAGAAUACUAAACCAUCAAUAAUUACUUCAAAGAGCCCUACAUGUCGUGUAGACUCAUCUGGAUUUUGUGUGAAUGAGCAUUUUUCACUUACCGAUAAAAAGUGCGAGAAGACGUUAUUAGAGGAAAAGGCUGUUUUUAGCAAAAGUGUGGAAAAAGAAAGUCAUAUUUCUAUACGUGAGUUAAAGCAAAGUCCUUUGGAGUUGCAGGAAAUUUCUAAAGAAACAGCUGUUUCAUCGUGCGAGAAAAAGAAUCUCCCCUUGUUGACUAAAAAGGAGAAUACUACCAUAGAAACUACUAAGGGCAUCAAAAAUACUCCUGUAAGUUUAGUUGAGGCUGAUUGUGGUAAAAGUGCUGCAGAUAAUUGUUUAAGUGAGUCUUCAUCAGAACCCCUCACAAUGCCAAAAACAGACAAAACACGUGAAGAAAUAAAGGCAGAGAGGGAGGCAAGAAAGUUAGCUAAACAAGCAAAAAAAUCAAAGGUGGUAGUUACGCAGAAGCAGCCAACUGCAGCACAAACAAAUGAUGCUGCUUCCACAUCCAGUAUCACUGCCGAGCAAGCAAAUGUUGUUGAUAAUAAACAAAUAAAGAAAUCCAGUGCAGCUAACACUGUUCAGCUACAACAUACUGAAGUUGCUGGUAGCAGAAGUUCCAAGCUAAACGCUGCUGCUGCCGCCACUGAAAAACGAAGUGCAAAUGAUCCACAGAAGUUACCUGACGGAACCUCAAAUAUGGCGAUGAGUUUGAGUCAGUCAUGUGUACAGGCUGAUGAUAGUAGGCCCAAAGUAAAUACUGUAGGUGAGAAACCAAAUAAAAGUGAUGCUUUGAAGUUAGCUGAUGGUAUUCAUCCAACAGUUGUCAACUCAAGUCAGCCUCAUGAACAGGUUAGCAAUACUGAACGUAAGGUAGAUGUCGUUGCUCAAAGCCCAAAUUCAAGCGAUGCUUUAAAGUUAGCUGACAGCAUUCAUCCUGCAGUGAUCAAUUCAAGUCAAUCUCUUGUGCAAGCUGGAAACAGUGGACAUAAAGCCAGUGCUGUCAAAAAACCAAAUACCAGUGAUGCCGUGAAGUUAGCAGAUGGGCUGCACACUUCAGUGAUGAAUUCAGGUCAGCCUCAUUCACAAGUUGGGAGUAGCGUUCCUAAAAUAGAUACUGCUAGUUCUACUCACACAGAGGGAACAAAUGUGAAUGUUUCUGUGAAAUCUGUUGAUGGAAUUAGUCUCACACAGCAUGUAUCACCUUGGUCCGAGUUGAAACCUUCUGCAAAUGAGUCCAAGACAGAUGCUGCUGCAACUGAGCACCCAAAUGCAAGCGACUCUUUGAAGUUAGUUGAUGGAAUUUCUACUCCACAACAGACCACGAAUCGGACCCUCACCCAGACUGGCAGUAACAGUCCCAUAUCGGGAGUUGCAGGUGAGCAAACCAAUACCAGUGAUGCAUUGAAAUUAGUUGACGGUGUUCAUCCUCCACUGCAGGGCACGAGUUGUGUAGACACAAGUGAUGUAGCAUCGGGAAUUCAGGCAGCAAUGGCCCAAAUUAAUGACCACAAGGCAAGGAAGUUGCCGCAACAGUCGGUACCAGUACAGAAACGAAUCAAUGCUUCAGAUGAUGAAAAAGUGAAGGAAAGGUCUGUUAUAAUGAAACAGAAGACAGAAACUCCAGUGGCAGCGCCAAGUACAGAUGGAAAGUCAAAAGCUGAGCUCAGAGCUGAAAGGAGAGCAAAGCAGGAGGCACAGAGAGCAGCCAAAUUACAGAAUCAGCAGCGUAAAUCGGGAGAUCAGAAAGAGGAAAGUAAAAGCAAGGCUGACAAGCCACCUAAGAUUUCCAGAGACAAGCAACAAGCACCAGCCAAGAGCAGUACCGCGAGUCCUGUUUCGAAAGUAGCGCAAGGGCUUGUAGAUGUUCAGCACAAAGUGAAGCUGUUCAACCAUUUAUAUCUACGUCAGAAAGAAGCCAUCUCUGCAGCUGUUGGAGCAGAAGCAUCGUUACAUCCAGCCAUCGUGCGGCUAGGAAUACAGUAUAAAUCAAGGGUUGUGACUGGAUCAAAUGCUCGUUGUGUAGCAUUAUUACAUGCAAUUAAACAGGUGAUUGAAGACUUUCACACGCCCUCACAACAAGAGUUCUCACGCGGUUUGGAGAGCUCCUUACGUCAGCUGACAACAUAUCUUCAUGCCUGCCGUCCUCUUCCAGUUUCUGCAACAAAUGCUUUACGUCAUUUGAAGUGGCAGCUGACAUUGUUGCCAAACAAUGUGACAGACUCUGAUGCAAAGAAGAAGUUACAUGACUCUGUUGACACAUACAUAAGAGAACAGAUAGAUGUGGCAGGCCAGGCAAUUUGCAAUGCUGUUCUAGACAAAAUAACUAAUGGUGACACGAUACUCACGUAUGGAUGUUCAUCGUUGUUGACGAGAAUUCUGCUGAAGGCUCAUGAUAGCGGGAAAAGAUUUCAUGUUGUUGUGGCAGAUGGGCGGCCGUGGCUUGAAGGGCGGGAAAUGUUGCGCCGACUUGUGAAGCAUGGCCUAAAAUGUUCAUAUGUAUUGUUACCCGCUGCCAGUUUCAUCAUGCGUGAGGCAACAAAGGUAUUACUUGGAGCCCAUGCCCUCCUGGCAAAUGGAUAUGUGAUGUCUCGCGCAGGGGCCUCGCAAAUAGCUUUGCUUGCUCACACUUACAAUGUGCCAGUCUUGGUUUGCUGUGAAACUCACAAAUUUAGUGAAAGAGUGCAGACUGAUUCCUUUGUCUACAAUGAACUUGGUGACCCCGAUGCUUUAGGUGUGCGAGGAUGGCAUGAAGUUGGCUGCUUGACACCUCUGAAUCUCACGUAUGAUGUGACUCCACCAGAUCUUGUAACAGCAGUUGUCACAGAACUUGCAAUUCUGCCCUGUACCAGUGUUCCUGUAAUAUUGCGCAUUAAACCAUCUGAGGCUGGCUUUUGAGGGCUGACACUGGUAUGAGAGUUAAAUAAUUAGCGUUCUGCUAAUCUACAGUUUGCCUUUGUUCUGCAGCUACUAGUUUUUGUUUCAACAAAGCUUCCAUGUCAAUAAUACCAUUGUUUGAGUGAGAGUGCCAAGAAAGUAAAAUCAAAAAUGUUAUUAACUUUAUAUGUGAUUAAAUGAAAGUUGUCAAAUAAUUAUGAUUACUUAUGUACUGACACAGUACAACAGCAAAGUAAGACUGUACUUAUUACAAUGUAAAUAACUUCAGAAACAUGGUAGUAAAAUAAUAUACAUGGAAAAUAAGACUGUCAAGGGAAUGUGUCUUCCCAGUUUUCCCCUGUAUUGAAACCGAUCUUGUUAUCAAGAGCCAGUAGGCAUGGAUAUCUCAGUGAUGAUUCUGUUGUUUCUGUUAAUCUUGUUUCAUACGCCAUUUGUAUUGAUAUUAUGUUGUGUUUGUUAAAUAUAUUUUUCUUGUAAUAUGUUGUUUAAAUUUUGGUUUUAGUAAAGUAAGUGGUUCAAAAACUAAA